CAUAAAUAAACGGUGUAUCCUCUAUGAUGCUGAGAAUGCAGCCCACGCAUGGAAGAAAGAACACCCCCGCAAUUAGAUUUUUCUCAAGUGACGUUGGUGCUUAUUUUGGUAAGGGACCUAGAGAGUUAACGCGACAACAAAAAAGAGCGUUAACGCUAGGGGCUUCUCUGAUUGGAUUAAAAUAAGUCUUAGCGAGCGAGUGAAAUAAGAGAAGAAAUCAGGGGGAAACGGCGGUGGUGACAGUUGGCAUCAAGCAGAGACAAUAAAAACCGGAACGCGAGGCGACGAUUCGCCGAGGCAUAUGUUUCUUCUUAGCACGAAAAAAUGAGUCGUGAAUCUUCUGAUAUCGGUCAAAUAUGACAGCAUUUUUUUUAUUUUUUUUAUUUAAGCAGCGUUCAAGUCGGAUGGGGCGGGGUGAUGUUUAAAUUCCGGUAGAAAGAGAGCAAGAACACGGGUGAAGCUAAAUGGGUACCAGAAGGAAUGUAGACCCCGCUACCUACGUAGCUAUUGUAUCAGGGGAUCUGAGAAGUUUUUAUCGCGUUCUGUAAAAGGAAGGUGGUUUAAUACGGACUGGGGAGGUCGCAGGCUGGGGAGCAGCGUGUAUUUGCGGCGCACCUAACAAUGAGGACGCUAUUUGGAUUCUGUUGUCUCUUCUUGAUAACGAGAGGAACAGAUCCGCCAACGGAGGGCAGGUCCCUGACAGACAACAACAACAUGAACGUGACGGCCGACAGUAACAGAAGGUAUAUACAAAUCGGGGACGGGACCUCCCAAGAAUUUGAGUUUCCCGAAAACACUAAGGGCGUGAUUGUAAUCUCCAGUCAAUACCGAAGCGCCGUAAGUACGAAGGGCCGCGAGAGCUGGAAGCAGACGGUCAAUGUAAGCUCCUUGGACUCGGAGGUUCUUUCCAUCCUGAAUGUAAGUGACAGUCAUGCGGGGCCCGUGAAGAGUUUCAUUAUCAGCAUAAGGUCUGGGUUGCCGGGUCGGGCACAACUGCUCAUCCAGCUAUUGGAGUUGGACCAGGAUUCUUUCCCUGUUGUAAUUGAAGAAAGGACAGAUUACUGCAUCAGGGUUGCGCCUGGCAGGGAUGACCCAGCUGCCCGGCUCAUACAGUCAGGCGUGCUGUCCCACUUUUCUGAAAACCCUGUCCUAUUUGCCUUGCUGCCGCUCAUCUUCAUCAACAAGUGUGCCUUCGGGUGCAAGGUAGAGGUAGAGGUGCUGAGGGGUCUCCUGCGGAAGCCUGUGCCUCUCCUCUUGGGGGUCGCAGGGCAGUUCCUGGUCAUGCCACUGUACGCCUAUGGUCUGUCCAGGCUGGGCUCCCUGCCAAAGGCCCUCUCCCUGGGCCUGGUCAUCACAUGCUCUGCCCCGGGCGGCGGCGGAGGCUACCUCUACAGCCUGCUACUGGGCGGGGACGUCACCCUGGCCAUCUCCAUGACCCUGGUGUCCACAGUUGUAGCUGCAGCAGCCAUGCCCCUGUCCUCUGCCCUGUAUGGCAGGCUACUGGGUGUCCACGCUGCCCUCCACGUGCCCUUUAUCAAGAUCCUGGGCACCCUUCUCUUCAUUGCCAUCCCCAUCUCCCUGGGCAUGCUGGUGAAGCUACGUCUGCCCAAACUGACCCGCGUACUGCUUGCACUGAUCCGGCCCUUCAGCUUCGUGCUCAUCGUGGGUGGCAUCUUCAUGGCCUACCAGAUGGGGGCGUCUAUCCUGGCCAACGUGAGACCUCAGAUAGUGGUCGCGGGGGUGACCGUGCCCCUGUUUGGGCUGCUGCUAGGGUUUGGGAUGGGGAAGCUGGCAGGACUAGCAGUGCCACAGAGGAAGACGGUCAGUAUUGAGGUGGGGGUGCAGAACAGCCUCCUGGCGCUGGCGGUUAUGCAGCUGUCGUUCCGGCGGGCGGAGGCUGACUUUGCGUCCCAAGCGCCCUUCAUAGUGGCGCUCAGCAGCACCUCUGAGAUGCUCCUCAUCGUCCUCGGUCACUUUGCCCAUCGGAAGUUCUGUACCCCCACCACCCGGACUGAAACCUGAUUGUAGACAGAGUUUCUGUUCUAAACCAAACCUGUGGAGGUCCCAGAGUGUUGGCUACAAAUCACACACAACAAUAUGAAAACAAUCAUUGACAUUGACACUGUACACAGGACAGCGAAUGGACAUUUAAAAAAAAAAAUAGAAAAUUCUUGAAACCAAAGGCCUUUUCCCGCUAACCCUGUUUUUUUCUUAUUUUUUUUAUGAGAUUGUACUGAAGAGUACCUCAUGUAAAUAGGCCGAAGAAGAGAAAUACCUAUAAAAGAAAAUAUAUUUUUCUAUAAAACAUUUUUUGUAAUUGAAAUUAUUGAUUUGUAUCAUGUUUACAAGAGGUUUAUGUGUCAAAGGAAUGGGAAUGGUUUUGAAAACUGAUUGUUUGUCGGAUGGAAAUGUGUGGUGUUUGAAAAGUACUGUUACAAUUUUUUUUGUUCUGGAUUCAAAGAUGGUUUUCUAGGAGUCCAUGUACUUUAUAAAGAUGAGACAUAAUAAAAGCAUUCAUAAAAGCAGUCUUGAGUUUGUCCAAGGAGGAUCUUUAUUUAAAGAAGGAAUCUUAACACUGAGACGUAGUACUAAAGUAAAGAUUGUGCUGCAGCACAGCUGAGCAAUAUAGCCAGUACCUUUGUUUCUGAGGGUGUUUCCGUGACAAUAUUUGCCUGUGCAUAAUAUUUGUGGACUGAUUAACAGGUUUCUUUGUGUGUGCCAAUGUGAGGACAUUUGCAUGUCUCUUUGCAUUGUGUAUUUGCAUUUGUGUUAAAACAAUCUCAUAACACAUCUAUGUUUGCAUGUUAUGUGGUUACCUUUUUUAAGGUCUAAUGUUUCUAAGCCUUUUUACUCCUGAAAUAGAAGUUGUAGUUUUCAAUAUUUUUUUGUGUGUAGUUCAUAGGUCUUUGUGUGAGAGGGCAUGUUAUGACUGGAAUGAACAUGGUUUUCGGCAGGUGUUGGACUUGAAAUAUGCUCAUACAGUCAUAAUAGCUGCCUACAGUGCUUUCGGAAAGUAUUCAGACCCCUUGACUUUUCACCAUUUUGUUACGUUACGGCUUUAUUCUAAAAUGGAUAAAACAAUUUUUAAAAUUCAGCAAUCUACACACAAUACCCCAUAAUGACAAAGCAAAAACAGGUUUUUAGAAAAUGUUGCUAAUUUAUUAAAAGUCCCAAACAGGAAUUCCUUAUUUACAUAAGUAUGCAGACCCUUUGCUAUGAGACUCAAAAUUGACCUCAGGUACAUCCUGUUUCCAAUGAUCAUCCUUGAGAUGUUUCUACAACUUGAUUGGAGUCCAGCUGGGGUAAAUUAAAUUGAUUGAAUAUGAUUUGGAAAGGCACACAACUGUCUAUAUAAGGUCCCACAGUUGACAGUGUAUGUCAGAGUAAAAACCAAGCCAUGAGGUCGAAGGAAUUGUCCAUAGAGCUUCGAAACAGGAUUGUGUUGAGGCACAGAUCUGGGGAAGGGUACAAAAAAUGUCUGCAAGAUUGAAGGUCCCCCAAGAACACAGUGGCCUCCAUCAUUCUUAAAUGGAAGAAGGUCGGAACCACCAAGACUCUUCCUAGAGCUGGCUGCCCAUGCCAAACUUAGCAAUUGGGGGAGAAGGGCCUUGGUCAGGGAGGUGACCAAGAACCUGAUGGUCACUCUGCAUUCUGACAAACCUCCAGAGUUCCUCUGUGGAGAUGGGAGAACCUUCCAGAAGGACAACCAUCUCUGCAGCACUCCACCAAUCAGGCCUUUAUGGAAGUGUGACCAGACAGAAGCCACUCCUCAGUAAAAGGCACAUGACAGCCCACUUGGAGUUUGCCAAAAGGCACCUGAAGACUCUCAGAUCAUAAGAAACAAGAUUCUCUGGUGUGAUAAAACCAAGAUUGAACUCUUUGGCCUGAAUGCUAAGCGUUAUGUCUGGAGAAAACCUGGCACCAUCCCUACGUUCAAGCAUGGUGGUGACUGCAUCAUGCUGUGGGGAUGUUUUUCAGCGGCAGGGACUGGGAGACUAGUCAGGAUCGAGGGAAAGAUGAAUGGAGCAAAGUACAGAGAGGUCCUUGAUGAAAACCUGCUCCAAGAGUGCUCAGGACCUCAGACUGGGGUGAAGGUUAACCUUCCAACAGGACAAUGACCCUAAGCACACAGCCAAGACAAUGCAGGAGUGACUUCGGGACAAGUCUCUGAAUGUCCUUGAGUGGCCCAGCCAGAGCCUGGACUUGAAGCCGAUCGAACAUCUUUGGAGAGACCUGAAAAUAGCUGUGCAGCCACACAUCUGCAGAGAAGAAUGGGAGAAACCAAAUCCAAAUACAGGGGUGCUAAGCAUGUAGCGUCAUACCCAAGAAGACUCGAGGAUGUAAUCGCUGCCAAAGGUGCUUCAGCAAAGUACUGAGUAAAGGACCUGAAUACUUAUGUGAUAUUAGAGUUGUUUUUUUUUACAAAAAAUUCUCAAAACCAGUUUUUGAUUUGUCAUUAUGGGGUAUUAUGUGUAAAGUGAAGGGGGGGAAAACAAUUGAUUCCAUUUUAGAAAAGGCUAUAACACAGAUUUUGGAAAAAGUCAAGGCGUCUGAAUUCUUUCCGAAUGCACUGUAUGUAUUCAUUUUCUGGCAAAAGCUAAACUGACACCUUAGGGGAGUGAACAUUUUGUAAAAUGCAUUUUUGUAAGUGUUAUUCCCUUUUACACCACUCAAGUAUUUUAAUUACUGUGUUUCUCUGUGCAUUUGUAGUGGGAAAUGGCAUUGGAGCUUGGUUUUGGCACAAGACGUGGGAGCUCAGGAAAGUAGCAUGUAUGCUGAAGUCUAUGGGCUGAACUCCGUUGUUUGAAGGGGCUUUGUCAAUAUUCGCAGUGGGGAGCCACAGUAUUUUGUUUUCCUGUAAAUGAGACGUGAUAGUUAAAACCGUAAAUGAAGAUAUAACUCAACUACCCCCAAAAUCCUUAACUGUUUCCUUAUUCCUGUCAAUUAUUGACACUUUUCUAUUGGAAAACAGGUAGGGGUUUAUGGGUAAAGUUGUAUUUUGGGAAACAAUAGUAAAAUCCUAGAAUAUUUUUGAGGCAAGUCCAUCUUGUGUUUCCAUUACAAAUUGCCAUAUACUGAAAACCUUUUUUGUUUUCCAAUCGCAACUAACCCUAAUCUAAAACGAAUGGAUUAACACACAUUGAAGCCGUUGGGAAAUGUUUACAUGACUCUGCUUACAUUGUGUUCUGGACCCUCCUGUACAGUGUCAUAAGCCUUGCAUAUCAAUAACACUCAGAUGCACAACAUAUUGUCCAUUUAAUUAAUAUACCUGCUGUUAGACUUAUUUUUAGGCAAAGGUAUUUUAAGGAUUUGAAGCUUUGCAUGAAAAUUAUGUAAAUUCACAUGGUGAGUUAUAAUCAUGCCACUACCAAUGGGAGUCAUCAUUUUCUCAAUGCAUGUCUCUUUCCCUCUCUCAAUGCCACGCAUCCCCUGUCUGUAAUUUCAAUGAAAGGCUCUACAGCUGCUCAGCCUCACUUGCAAUGGUAAUUUGACCUUUGAUAACCACAGAUUUCAGCCCAUGCAUUCCACCUCGUAUUCUGCUACACAGAGACAGACGGAGACAUAGGGCCUAAACUAUUUCACAGAUACACACUAUAUACUCUAAUUUACCUGGUAUGAUAUUUCUCUUCUUGGUGCUACAGAGCCAUGAGGUUACCAUAUGAGCUGUGUGGUUUGUAAAAUCGUACGCAAACUAAGCAAAGUGCCUCUUUGUAAGUUGUACUUUGAGGAAAUGCCUAAAGUGUCACUUCCAUUAGAGAAAUGGGUGAAAGUACCUGCUGUGGGUGCAAGGACAGUGUCACGUCCACUUGAGCGACAGCUCAGAUUGUUUCUCCCAGGUAACAGUGUCCACUGUACUUUACAGGUUGACAGGUGAUUUCCUGACACUGUUCCAGCAACUGCAGUAUUUACACUUCCUAUGCUGUGGUUUAGUGACACAAUAGGAAAAAAAACACUUAAAUAUUCAUGAGACAGAUGGGAUUACAUUUGAAUGAGUUGUUUUCCCCUUCUAUGAACAGGUUUCUUGCCGCAGUGCCAGGGUGUCCAGGAAAACAUGGGUAGAAUUCACAGGAAAUCCUCAAAAAUAUUCUCAUUCAUGUGUGCUUGUAUCUCCAGUAUGCCUAUUCACUGGAACGACAAACAAAGGAAGACUGUCUGAAGGGCAUACAAUUCUCUCAUCUUAUGUUCAAACUUUUGCAUAUGAGCCAUUCUCACACAAAAUAGAGAUAGAUACAAUUAUGAAUCAGGACUAGUCUCAUCUGGUCCAUCGACGGUAUGGAUGGAUAGCUCAUAGUCAUAGCUGUACUGAAAUUGCCUUCAAGUCGAUGUUCUUGCAGCAUUGGUGCUGUCAGGAACAACUUAACAGAGGAACAUUCUGUUCAGUGACUAAAGAAUGUGUCUGUUUAGAGUAAUAAACUGUAGUACCUCACAUUACUGCUGUCGCAGACAUUUUCAUCAUCCCAGUGACAGUGUAGCUCUAAUGGACUAGCUGGUGCCAUUUACCUUCAAUGGAUCGAUCAGCAAGAUAGACAGAGACUGAAAUGUUAGCCUUGCCAACCCUGAUAAUACAUUGAUCUGUUUGUCCCAUGUCCUGUCUGAGGAGAUUGAUCUUUAGAUGGUCAUUAAAAUUGCCUCUGUUCAUUGUGUUAAGAUUCAUUCAAUCAAAAUAAUUUGCUAUUAGUUUGAUUUCAUAAAAUACUUUUGGAUGGAUACAUGUAGGAUCGGUGCGGUUGGAGGGAAUUUAUUUUUGUGUUAAUACUGAAUGUAUUAUUAAUUAUUAAACUUUAUGCAUUUCUUA